AUGGCCCCCGAUAGAGGCUCCGAUGAUGCCAACCUCCGAAGCCGGUCUAGACCGGCACGGCCGUCAUCGCCGCUCAUGGCAACAGCAGCGAUCCCUGCUGCUGCCGCCGCUGCUGCCGCCGCUGCUGCCGACGACGACCUGCACACAGCCGCCGAGGUCGAGGUCGACGGCCACAGCUUCACCGUCCGCGGCGUGGCCGUCGGCAUCCUCAUCGGCGUCGUGCUCUGCUUCUCCAACAUGUACUUUGGGCUGCAGACGGGCUGGAUCUCGGUCAUGACCAUGCCGGCCUCGCUGCUGGGCUACGGCUUCUUCCGCACCCUCUCCCGCCACCUCAAGUACCCCUUCACGCCAGUGGAGAACGUCCUCGUGCAGACCGUCGCGGCCAGCGUCGGCAUCGUGCCCCUCGGCGCCGGCUUCGUCGGCGUCAUCCCCGCCAUGAAUUACCUGUUGACCGAGGACGAGAUGGGGCCUGUGAGGUUGGGGGUCUGGGAUAGUAUCGUGUGGAGUCUGGGCUUGUGUUAUUUUGGUUGUGUUUUUGCCAUGUUGCUGCGCCGCCAAGUCAUCAUCCGGGAGCGGCUGCGCUUCCCCAGCGGCUUCAGCACCGCCGUCCUGAUCGGCGUCCUGCACGGACGGACGACCAAGGUCGAGGCCGGCCGAGACAGCAACACUGCCGCCGAGGGCGGGUUUGCCAGCCUCGCGGGCCAGCCCAAGCUGCCGCCCAUCGGCAGUGAAGAGGACGAGGACAUCGCAGGAGAUGAUGCACGGCCGUCCUCGUCGCACGAGUGGAAGGCCAACGUCCGCCUCCUCCUCAUCUGCUUUUGCAUCUCCGGGGUCGCCACCGUGUCGACGUAUUUCGUCCCCGUCCUGCGCAAUCUGCCCGUCUUCGGCUCGGCGGCCGCGGCCUGGCUGUGGACGCUGAACCCGAGCCUGGCCUACGUCGGGCAGGGCAUCAUCAUGGGCCCCGCCACCACGCUGCACAUGCUGCUGGGUGCCGUGGUCGGCUGGGGCGUGCUCUCGCCGCUGGCAAAGGCCAAGGGCUGGGCGCCGGGCAGGGUGGACGAUUGGGAGACGGGGAGCAAGGGCUGGAUCGUCUGGACUUCUCUGACCAUCAUGCUGGCUGACGCCGUGGUCAGCUUGGGCUUCGUGGUGGCCACGGCGGUCUGGCCGUACCUCGGGGCCCUGAGCUGGCGAGACCCCGUCGGGAGCGGUUUGGCCCUGUUGCGCGGCCAGGACCGCCGCGGUGGCUACAUGACUGUUGACUCGUCCGAGAGGCGGGAUGGACCGCAGGGCGACGGCGACGGUGCGGCCGGGAACAGCCCCGAGGCGGAAAGAGACGCACCCGAGGACCAGGUGGUGCGGGCGCGGACCGUGUGGAUGGGCCUACCGCUGUCGAUGCUGCUCUGCGUCGCCAGCAUCCGGUACGUGUUUGGCAGCGACCUGGUGCCGCUGUACGCCAUAUUCGCGGCCGUCAUCGUCGCCAUGCCCCUGUCUGUCAUCGCCGUCCGCGCCAUGGGCGUGACGGACCUGAACCCGGUCUCGGGCAUCAGCAAGCUGGCUCAGCUGUUUUUUGCGCUGGUUGUGCCGCGGUCCAACAAGGCUGGGAUUUUGAUCAACCUGGUGGCUGGAGCUGUGUCCGAAUCCGGCGCCCUUCAAGCCGGCGACCUGAUGCAAGACCUCAAGACGGGCCACCUGCUGGGCGCAGCACCCAAGGCCCAGUUCUACGGGCAAGUGAUUGGGGCGACGGUCGGCGCCGUUGUCAGCGCUUUGGUCUACAAGCUUUACACAAGCGUGUAUACGACAAUCCCCAACGACCUCUUCCAGGCCCCCACAGCGCUGGUCUGGAUCUUCACGGCGCGCCUCGUAGCCUCGGGCAAGGGCCUGCCGCCCAUGGCGGCCGAGUGGGCGGGCGGCGCUGCCGUGCUGUUUGCCGUGCUCACGGCCGUCAAGAUGGUGGGGCCGCGGGGUGCAAAGUGGCAGGCUUAUAUCCCCGGUGGGCUGGCCGUUGCUGUCGGCAUGUACAACGUGCCGUCCUUCACCCUGGCGAGGACCAUUGGUGGCGUGUUGAGCUGGUGGUGGAGGAGCGUCAUGGGGAGAGAGGAUACACCGCUGAUCAUAACGGCUUCGGGCUUCAUCCUUGGCGAGGGCUUUCUCAGUAUUGCCAACCUGUUGAUGGAGAGUUUCGGGGUGCCGCAUCUUUGA